AUGGCAGCUAGUCGACGACCCAGCCCUCUUCGUCCUUCUAUUCGCCUCUCCCCCAUUCACUCCCGAGACAACUCUCGCUCCGCCUCUCCAGAACGACCAGAACGACCCCGUGGAUCUUUAUACCCCGAAGUCGAUCCUCUCCUGAGCAAUUUAUCUCCCGAAUCAACGCUAGCAGCCCUCACCUCCACCGGCACCGUCCCAUCGAACGGAUCCUUUUCACACGAUGUCCUCUCCAAGAGUAUUUCCCAGGUUUCUCCCGCUGAACGCGCUUUGGGUAUCCGGGCAGCCAUAGCAGCACGGAAUCUGGAUCUGUGGCUAAAGGAGGUACGGUCGUGGAAAUGGUAUAAUAAUACCGAUGCACAAGCAGGAAAGGGAUUUUCCCCACCAGCCAACUCUUCUAAGCGCGAUGGUUCCUUUGAAUCGAACUCUUUAUCGGCCCCCAGCAAUUCCGUCGAAUUUUAUGGCAGCUUGCCCGCACAAGUGGUGGAGGAAUAUGAAAAAAGAAUCGAAGAAAUACGCGAUGGGAUAGAUGGCCUAGAUGUAGAGGAAUUGAAGGAACACGUUCUUAAUGCUCACAUUCCAUCACGGUCUCGCCCUUCCUCCUCCACGAGCACAGUGUCCGUGCCCCCUCCCCUCAGCUAUGUCCAACUCAGCGAUUUCACAGCUAUCGUGACAGCUACCAUCCUCCGCGCCUUACCAUGUCUAUCCCGGUUAUCACAUCUAUUAAAUACCUGGGACGUUCGCCUCUUUGUCCUCCGCCAGGUCCCCGGUCUAUUGAAAGAGUUGCAAACAACACGGUCUAUUCUCGAUGCUUCAAACCGCGCUUUACAAUCAUCGAAUACCUCCGAAAACCUUGAUGCUCGUCUAUCCAGCUCUUUCCUACGCGAUGAACACGUCAAAAUUGAAGGGAAAGUCAUUGAUGCGGGGAGAAGAAUGGAUCGAACUCUUGAUGCAUUGGAAGGUCGCCAGGAUUCGUUGCCUGAACAAUGGAUUGAUGAUUUGGAGACGAUUGAAGCAGAUUUUGCCGCAUGGGUGGUUGAGGCAGAGAGAUACAAGCUACACACUGAGUGGCUUCAUACAAAGAGCCAGGCUCAGAAAGCCGAGCCAAUCCAAGAAUCUCAACCCGAGGCUCAAGCUCCUGCUACAGAGGAGCGUGAAGUCGAAAUAGACACCAAGCCAGCUGCACCUGAACCAAUUCUGCCAGUUGCUCAAAUUGAACCCAUCGAAGAGGAGUCAAGGUCCAAUUCUCAACUUGAAGUUCUGACGGACAGUGCACCUCUGGAGCAGCCCGAUUCUCAUGAUUCUACAAUCUUUACAGACAGCGACUCUCUUUCACAAGUUUCCGAUCCUGAUACUUCUUACAACCCUAUCGAGCCGGAACAUACUGUCAUUGAGGAGCCCAAGCACGAUCCUGAAAGCGAAUCAAAUAUCAUUGUUGCUGAAGAUAUUCAAACUCCGACACAAGAUGAAUUCCCUCGAGACCUCCACGCUCAAUCGCCGGGCGUGCAGUCACCUUCAAGAAUUCCAUUGCCAAUGACUCCCGACGUUGAAAAUAAAGAGAAUAUUCCCCCUUAUGGCCUUUUACCUCAACGAUCAUCUUCUGUUCGGGAAUCCCCAGGCGCGAAGCCGGCAGCUUUGGCUGAGCAUAUCGAUGAUGAUCCAUUUAUAGAGAAACCUCUAUCUCCAAGGCCCGAGCGGAAUAACGAACCCGAAGUUGUCGUUGCAGUCGCUGCGCCAGUGCACGACAAAGUACAGACUGCAAGUAGCUUUGCGAGUGAGGUGAAAUCUGAGUCUAAGAAAAUCACCCACGACGCAACAACAAUACCAAGUAUCGAUCAGUCAAUCGCUGAGCCUGAACAAUUGUCAUUGACGCAGCAGCCGCUGCAUUCUGCUCAUGAGCCCCGAGAAAGCACGCCCCUGAAAACUCCAACCUUGAUGAGCCAACCCCCUGAAACACCGGACCUGGAUAAUCAUAUCAGCGACGCUUCAGCCAGAACUCCCUCUAGCAGAGCUGAAAGGCCAAAGCCACCCGCCGCCGAGCCUCAACAAACAAAAGCUGUAUUACAAUCACAAUCGAGCAAUGAAUACGUGCCAGCGAAACAGAAUAUGGCCAAGAAGAAGCCCUUGCAGAGCCCUAUCAAGCUAUCUAAAGUUCGCUCGGGCAAUUUGAGCUUCGACAAGAGCGCACCUGCGCCUCGGGCUCGUCGUCAAUCUUCAGGAUCCGUGGGUUCUUUCGUGUCAGAUGACUCUAAUACCUCCAGUCCAGGAGUACCCGAGCCGCAUGCUAGUUCCUCGAACGGAGAUCAAAUGAUAUCUCAGCGUCCAGAUUACCAAAAGCCCGUUUCACGUGGCGGUUAUAUGCUGCGCGAGGACCGACUUCGACGAUUCGAGAAUUCAAAGCGCGUCACUCGCUCAACUGAGUUCCAGGAAGCCCGUUCAGUAAGCCUGCCUCUACAGCGGUUCAUCAACGAAAAGCUAGACUUGGACUUGACGUCCCCGCCGGUCCCCGAGAUUCCUGAACAGUACAAAUCCAUGAACCACACAGCUCGUGCCAAGAACCCGGACAUCUCUUCUACCCCAACCACUCAAGCCCUUCGUAUUCCCAAGCGUCGGCCUGCCCUCGCCCACGGACAACCACCAUCUGACCCAAAGAAGAACGAACCCGUUUCAAACCCUCCAUCCAAGACUUUGCCCGCCUUUGGUGGAAAUACUGCGCGACGAGCCAUACAACAUCAAGAUCAACCCAAGUCUAUGCGCCUUCGCCACCGCUUGACAGCCCACCCAAGCUUGGAAGGUCUCGGACUCAGGAGGCAGGAGCUCGCGUAUGUCGAGGAAGAUGCAUCGGAAUACAUGGAUAAUGGCUCUGGUUCAUCUUCGCCGAACAAACACUUCAGGAAGCCAAGAGACCAUCUCGAUGAGAAGAUCAAUUCCAUUCUCAGCACUCUUCCCGGCAGAAUCCACCUCGUUGAUCCCAACAAUGAGGCAGAUACAUCGUCAUCCUCAUCAUCUUUAGAUCGGAAAAUGCGAGAACGGUGUCUUUCCGAAUCACCCAACGGCCCACCAUCAAGAAGCAUGACUCCCGCUCCCUCUCUAACUCUCAUGCCUGCUGCUCGAAGACGGGUAUCGCAUGCCCAUAAAACAGAGGAUAGCUAUGUCAAGCUUUACCAUCUGCAUCAUGGCGGCUCAACUGCACCUACCAAGUUGUUCGUGCGUACCGUCGGAGAAGACGGCCAGCGCGUCAUGGUUCGAGUUGGUGGUGGCUGGGCUGACCUCGGAGAGUACCUCCGCGAAUACGUGAUCCAUCAUGGACGGCGCAAAGUCUCAGAAACCCCCCGUGUCGAGGUGCAAGGUGUGGCAUCUCGCUCUCCCUCCGGCCAUUCACCCGGCAGUCUUCUUCCCCCCUCCGCAUCAUACAUCGCUUCUGGUCGUGCCACUCCCUCUCGACCCUCUUCAGUCCUCAGUGUCCGCCCUCCCUCAUCUCUCACCGUCCGAAAAACACGUCGGGACUCCACUGCCUCCGAAGCAGUGCCUCCCCGAUCAGUAACAGCCGGUAACCUAAGCUUCUUUACCUCUCCUCCAUCUGCAGGACUGCCUGGUCAGCGUCGCCUUUCCUUCUCCUCAAGCUACUCCUUCGGCGGAGAUAUCCUCUCUCCACCAACUACUCAUGCGUCAACUCAUGAGAACUCAGCCCCGCUUGGUCUCGCUGGCCCCAAGCCUCGCUCACGUCAGAUCUCUAUGAGUCCCGAGGGCGAGGCGUGGGUCGAGAACGUUCUCCAGAAAACACGUCGAUCUACUUCUUUCAAUCCCCCUCCAUUGGGAUUGAGUACCUCUCCCAAAAAUAACGAUGUUGGAUCUCCUCGUCUCCCAGAGGAGGAUACCACGGGCCGCUCAAUACCUAAAGUACGAAGCGUGAAUGACAUAAGAGCCGCUGGCUCUAGCAGACGUGUUUCCCUGAGAGGACUGGGAAACCACAGGUAA